GUAACUAGACGUAAAACCAGACAGACAAGGGGUGUCAGCUUUGUACAGCUGGAAAAUGGGCUGAGCCCCUAGAGCAAGGGAUGUGACGAUGGGUAUCGGCGACAUUAACAGCACCCUUGCAAGCCCAGCGGGACUGGCAAAGGGGCAUACCAAAGGCACCGCCACGCCCUGUCCACGCCACUCCACACAUGAGCCCGUGAUACCUCUUUCCAAAUCCCUCACAAGCACCACAAACGGCUAGUGGGGCUCGGGCGCGUGAUCCGGGGCCGCGACAUAAUUAAGGCGGGAUCGGCACGCAUGGUUCGGCUGUUGCACAAGAUUUCGACAUUCUUGCCCCAAGACGCUUGCCGUCGACAUGUUUUGAUACAUGGAUGUAAGAUAUUCAGGGCCUGAGAGCUAUACUCGCGGACUGAAGAAAGUCAAGAUGUCCAUGGACUCGCGAGGUCGCUUCUCGCUCCGGCCGAGUUUUCCCUGCCGCCUAUUUUUCUACAAUAGGGAAUAGCAAUUAAUAAUACGUGGCGCUCGCGGUUUGUGCCAGUAUGGUACUUUUUGUCGACGCAGGGCCGCAGGCCGCGCUCUACCAAGCAGCAUCUCCAUCAGCGCGUGCCGCAUCUGGGGCACCCCUGUGCUGCAUGUUCGUCGCAGAGUUGGCGUCACGGCCCUGCGGUGCAACAUUCAACCGGACGUCCGGAAGGCACCUGAGCCUGUCUGAUACCUGACCCGACCCCCCAAACCCGACUGCACCUGUGCCAGACUUACCCAUACAGUCCCGCAGUGUCGGCACACUUGACAUCGCGGGCACGCGAGCCACCAAUCGGAAUCACCACUUGCAUGCGUGAUUGUGAACGACUUGUGUCCGUUGAAUCACAUACACUCGACACUUGACACAUAUAGUCCAUCUGGUGUUCAGCACACGAAGGGCGACAACAAUCCGCUCUGACCGGUCCCGGGAAGGCCGCUGUACUGCAGGCACUGUACUGCAUGGGAGAGCAAAGGAUGCAGUACCUGGAAGAAUUCCGGGAUACGCGUGCGGAUCUAAUGCGCUUUAGUGAGAUGAAAGUACGAAAUGGGCUGGAUGGGUAAUGGGAAUGCGCACGCUGCGUUUUGUCCUGCCCCUUCCUCGCCGAGUCCGUGUGGCGCGCGUUACUCCAUAGCUCCGGCUCCAACUAGCGCUUAACUUGAGCCCUAGAGCUGCAUGCACCUGACAGCGGAGGUGUGUAAGAAGAUAAUUAC